AUGGUUGAGCAAACAGAAGUUUGGCAUGGACGAUUUGUUUCUCAUACUGGCUCAGGUAUACUUGAAGGCCGGAAGGCCACUAGCCUGAUGGAUCCUCACUUGGGAACAUACAUGAAGUAUGUCUAUAUUUGCGGAGAGUUCUACUUCCCAAUCGUCCUUGCUACGAACAUCUCAAUCCUGAUGUUCUACCGCCGCAUAUUUUCUGUGGGCGUAACUUUCAACCGCCUCUCUCUAGCAUUAAUAGCACUCCAAAUCCUUUGGUUUAUCCCUGGGUUCUUCGGCGAAACCUUUAUGUGCACGCCUACGGACACCUUGUGGAACAAUCCUCUGGAAAUACCCGAAAAGUGUAUCUAUUAUAGCACCUACUUUGUAGUUAUCAUGGGCUUUGAGCUGCUCAUAGACCUUAUGAUCCUCGCCCUGCCAGUCGUGGAGAUUAUGAAACUGAAAUUGUCAUGGGAGAAGAAGCUCAUGCUGUCGUUUGUCUUUUUACUUGGUGGAUUUGUAAUCGCCACUGGCAUAGUUCGUAUCAUUGUGUGCUACGAGCCAGGGCAACAAUCUGUGGAUCUUGCCGUCGAUAUGAUCUGGCUGGACAUCCAUACCGGUACCGCGAUAAUCUGCGCUUGCCUCCCUUCCUUUCGCCACCUCUACACCAAGAGCGCCUCGAUCGUUUCAAGCAGCCUCCGCAAAUACUAUGGCUCAGCUACGGGCUCGGGCUCGGGCUUCAGUUCAAAAGGGACCGCGUCAAAUUCCCACGGUGGCAGACUCGAGCUUGUCCCUCCGCAUAUAUCCUCGACUUCAAGGGACUAUAAGAACUUUACCCAAUUUAGCGGAGACGAAGUUCAUUUGGUGGGGAUAAAGGCGACAUCUCUAAAGGAGAGAGAUCAAGUUAGUGAUCACGAGAGGCACCCUUCUAAUGGUAUUAGGGUCCAGCGGACGGUCGAUAUUGUCUGA